AUGUCUGUUAAAUACAGCUCAAGCAAGCAAUACUCUUCCUCCCGUAGUGGAGGAGGAGGAGGAGGAGGUGGAGGAGGAGGAGGCAGAGGGUCAUCCCUUAGGAUUUCAAGCAGCAGAGGCUCCAGCGGUGGGGGAUUUAGCUCAGGGGGUGGAUUCAGUGGUGGCUCUUUUAGCCGUGGGAGCUCUGGAGGAGGCUUUGGGGGCUCCUCAGGAGGCUAUGGAGGAGGGCUAGGAGGAGGUUUUGGUGGGGGCAGCUUUGGUGGGGGCUGUGGAGGAGGCAGCUUUGGUGGGGGUGGGAGCUAUGGAGGAGGAGGCAGCUUUGGUGGGGGCUAUGGAGGAGGAGGCAGCUAUGGGGGGGGCUAUGGAGGUGGAGGCAGCUUUGGUGGGGGCUAUGGAGGAGGAGGCUUCGGAGGAGGCUUUGGAGGAGGAGAUGGUGGCGGCCUUCUCUCCGGAAAUGAAAAAGUAACCAUGCAGAAUCUGAAUGACCGCCUGGCUUCCUACCUGGACAAAGUUCGGGCUCUGGAAGAAUCCAACUAUGAGCUAGAAGGCAAGAUCAAAGAGUGGUAUGAAAAGAAUAGCAAGUCCGGCCAGGGGGACAAUCGUGACUACAGCAGAUACUACCAAACCAUCGAAGAUCUUAAAAAUCAGAUCCUUAAUCUGACAACUGAUAAUGCCAACGUCCUGCUGCAGAUCGACAAUGCCAGGCUGGCAGCUGAUGACUUCAGGCUGAAGUAUGAGAAUGAAGUUGCCCUGCGCCAGAGUGUGGAUGCUGACAUCAAUGGCCUGCGCAGGGUGCUGGACGAGCUGACCCUGACCAAGGCUGACCUGGAGAUGCAGAUCGAGAGCCUGACUGAAGAGCUGGCCUACCUGAAGAAGAAUCACGAAGAGGAAAUGAAAGACCUUCAAAAUGUGAGCACUGGCGAUGUGAAUGUGGAAAUGAAUGCUGCCCCAGGCGUCGAUCUGACUCAACUUCUGAACAACAUGAGAAGCCAAUAUGAGCAACUUGCUGAGCAAAACCGCAAAGACGCUGAAACCUGGUUCAAUGAAAAGAGCAAGGAUCUGACUACAGAAAUUGAUAGUAACAUUGAACAAAUGUCCAGCUAUAAAAGUGAGAUUACUGAAUUGAGACGCACUGUCCAAGGUCUGGAGAUCGAACUACAGUCCCAACUAGCCCUGAAACAAUCCCUGGAAGCCUCUUUGGCGGAAACAGAAGGUCGCUACUGUGUGCAGCUCUCACAGAUUCAGGUCCAGAUCUCCUCUCUGGAGGAACAACUACAACAGAUUCGAGCAGAAACCGAGUGCCAGAAUGCUGAGUACCAACAACUCCUGGAUAUCAAGAUCCGACUGGAGAAUGAAAUUCAAACCUACCGCAGCCUGCUGGAAGGAGAGGGAGGUUCCGGCGGAGGCGGUGGCGGCGGCUCCUACCGCGGCGGCGGCGGCGGCGGCGGUGGCGGGCGCGGCGGUGGCGGCGGCGGAAGUUCCGGCGGCUACGGCGGCGGCGGAAGUUCCGGCGGCUACGGCGGCGGCAGUUCCGGCGGCGGCGGCGGUAGCGGCGGNNGCGGCGGCGGCGGCGGCGGUGGCGGGCGCGGCGGCUGCGGCGGCGGAAGUUCCGGUGGCGGCGGCGGCGGCGGCUACGGCGGCGGCUCCUCCGGCGGAGGCCACAAGUCCUCUUCCGGGUCCGGUGGAGACUCUUCAUCUAAGGGACCAAGGUCAGCCGAAACUAGCUGGGAUACUAACAAAGCCAGAGUAAUCAAGACAAUUAUUGAAGAAGUGGCACCUGAUGGUAGAGUCCUUUCCUCUAUGGUUGAAUCAGAAACCAAGCAACACUACUAUUGAGCCACAUCAAGAGAAAAGUCUCCCCUCGUAUAGGCCAUUUUAUACAGAUGCAUGAAAAACAAAAUCUCCAGGAAAACUUCAGUCUGAAUGGUCUAUGGAAAUAGGUUCACUCCUUCAAUAAGAUAUCUAAAAGGUGUUUUGUGAUUUCUAUAUUUCUUCUUUACACUUUACCAGAAUGUGUUCUUUAAUAGAAAAAGUAAAAACUUUCUUUCUCAUUUACUAAUGGAUUUCAAUAAACUUUCUUACUGAUGCAAACUAUA